UAUACAACGAAGAAACUAGCUGUUAUCUUGGGGGAAUAAUCCGUGCUGUUCGUGUAGUGCAGUGCUACCGCACGAGCCCCGUGCUUGUGUGUGUGAGCGCGCGCGCGCGCGCUGGUGCACGUGCAGAUGUUGGAUUCGGGGUUGAAGUAGUUUUCCGGUAGAGGGCGGAGUGAGAGAGAGAGAGAGUGAGAGUGAGGGGAGAAGCGAGAGCUGCAGAGGGCUGGAGCUGCGGAAAGGAGAGGAGCGGACAGGGUGGCAGCGGGUACCGGUCUACCUGCAGCCUGAUAGCGGGCGGUGUGAGGUGCAGGAGGCGGACGUCCUCCGGUCGAUUGAGCGGGAAGGCUUCAAUUAGCACGAGUCGAGGUUUAAGGGAAGAGCCUGGUGUCCGGUGGGCGCGCGCGCACGCACACACACACGCGCACACAUUCACACGUCUUAAGAACAGCGGGAGAUGCAUUACGUCAUAGCCUCUCGUCCCCCUAGAUGACCGCGCGCGCAGGACGGGAUGAUGCAGGGCUGCUGGACUAGAACGAGACCGGAUUCCGCCGUUGCUGCUGCUGCUGCUGCCGCUGCUCACGAGCGCCCGGUGGCGGUGUCUCGGGCUGACGAGGAAGAAGUGGAGCCGCCGUCGCGCGGCCGCCGGCUCUGAUGGCUCCUCGCGCCCCGAGCGGGAAAGAGACACAGCAGUCGCCGCGGCGCGAGAGGGAAGGGGACAGCAGGUAUCUGGGAAGUGACGUGGUAUCCGCGCCCCGCGAGAAAGCACCACGGUGCGGUUGUCGUGCGUUUCACAGGAGGGCAGGAGCGGGAAGGCGAACAUGGCCGCGCAGUCGGACGGAGGCAAAGCCGGGGUCGGCUGCGGAGGCUUCGCCCAGCUGUACGAUGUUGACGCCGAGGAGCCCCUGGACUCCGCCGCGAUCCACAUCUGUCAGUGCUGCCGCACCUCCGCGUGCUACUGGGGCUGCCGCUCAGCCUGCCUCGGCUCUCUACUCGGUGGGGGCCAGUCCGUCGGAGGGGUCGGCAUCCGGGAGACUCACUGCCCUCCCCGGGAACAGCUGUGGCUGGACUGCCUCUGGAUCAUCCUCGCCCUCCUCGUCUUCUUCUGGGAUGUUGGCACAGACCUGUGCCUGGCGGUGGACUACUACCGCAGGCAGGACUACCUCUGGUUUGGCCUCACUCUCUUCUUCGUGCUGGUGCCGUCGGUGCUGGUCCAGAUUCUAAGUUUCCGCUGGUUCGUGCAGGACUACACGGGUGGGGGGCUCGGGGAGGUGGAGGGGCUGACCAAGCGGGGCACCGUGGCCCUGGGGUGCUUGUAUCCCGGCAGGGACCGCCUGCAGCUGAUCACCAUCUGGCUGUGGCAGGCCACCAUACACAUCCUGCAGCUGGGGCAAGUGUGGAGGUACAUCAGGACGCUGUACCUGGGCGUCAUGUCGCGGCGGCAGAAGGAGCACCAGCGGCGGUGGUACUGGGCCAUGAUGUUCGAGUACGCCGACGUCAACAUGCUGCGUCUGCUGGAGACCUUCCUGGAGUCCGCGCCUCAGCUGGUCCUGCAGCUCUGCAUCAUGAUCCAGGAGAACCGAGCCGAGACGCUGCAGUGCAUCUCCUCCCUCGCCUCCCUCCUCUCCCUCGCCUGGGUCCUGGCCUCCUACCACAAGCUGCUGCGGGACUCCCGCGACGACCAGCGCAGCAUGAGCUACCGCGGGGCGCUGCUGCACCUCUUCUGGCGCCUCUUCACCAUCUCGUCCCGCGUCCUCUCGCUGGCCCUCUUCGCCUCGCUCUUCCACAUCUACUUCGGCAUCUUCGUGGUGGUGCACUGGUGCGCCAUGGCCUUCUGGGUGGUGCACGGCGGCACCGACUUCUGCAUGUCCAAGUGGGAGGAGGUGCUCUUCAACAUGGUGGUCGGCAUCGUCUACAUCUUCUGCUGGUUCAACGUGAAGGAGGGGCGCACGCGGCACCGGAUGGUGGCGUACUACACCGUGGUGCUGGCCGAGAACACCAUCCUCACUGGGUUGUGGUACGCGUACCGGGACCCGGUGCUGACCGACUCCUACGCCGUCCCAGCCCUGUGCAGCGUCUACCUGACGUUCGCCGGUGGCGUCCUGGUCAUGCUCCUGUACUACGGCUUCCUGCACCCUGCCACCGCCCACCUCCAGCCGAGCCCCGCCUCAUCCUGCUGCGCCCAGCUCCUCUGGGGGCUCCCGCUGCCCCCGUCGGCACCGCCCACCGCCCCGCCCACCCCGGCCCACAUGACCAAGUCGCAGACGGAAGAGGAUGUGGCCGAGACGUGUCUUCCCGUCUUCCAGGUGAGGUCCGCGCCCCCCACCUCCAAGCCAGAGGGGCCUCUUAUAAAGAUCGACAUGCCCAGGAAGCGUUACCCGGCAUGGGACGCCCACUACGUGGACAGGCGCCUGCGGAGGACGAUAAACAUCCUGCAGUACAUAACGCCGGCCGCUGUGGGCAUUCGCUACCGUGAUGGACCCCUGCUGUAUGAACUGUUGCAGUAUGAGUCCUCACUCUGACACACAAACACACACACACACACAUAUGUACACGUAAGCACAUGCGCACCAUAACAACACAUGUAUGUAUGCAUGGAUGUUAACCCUUUAAAAGCCUGAACGUACCCUGGUAAUCCGUUAAAGCAUGCGGUAUUUGAAUUACCGUAACUCAUAGUGGUUUGCUCUGUUGACAAAAUUCAAAGUGUGGCUGAACACUGGGAAGUUGUACUUUUGUCUCAAGGGUAUAACAAACUUCGUUUUUACCAACAAAUUCCUCCAAACAACUCUCGUCCUGCGUCUCCCCGGUCUUGCGUCGCUUCCCAACGUGCAGCGGUGCGUCAUCGUUACCGUAAUGGCAGAUUUUUACCCCCAGAAAGAGCAACUUCCGGUGUACAGCCGCACUUCCGGUGUACAGCCACAUGUGAGUUCCGGUAAUUCAAAUACCGCAAGCUUUUUUUCCAAUGCGCAGGCGGAUGUUCAGGUCUUAAAGGGUUAACUUCGAUUCGAUGUUCACCGACACAGUCACACUUGAUAGAAGCACACGCGCACACAAAAGCAAUCGGUCACACAUUUACGCGCGCGCGCACACAAUCACCCACACAUUUCUGGCGGGCGCUCGUGACCCAUGAGUCCCACGGCCACGACUCGACAAGCUGCUUCUCUCUUAAUUCGUCUGUGUCCGGUUCACUCAUCUCUUUCAUUUCACAUUUGCGCGUUCUGCUUUGGAGAAAAAUCCCCCCCACCCACUCAAAAAAAUUAAAAAAAAAAAAAAAAAAAAAAUGGACACGCCAUUGUCCUUUACCAUGCUGCGAGUUGUUCAUGUUGUGCGCGCGUCCCACGUUCACGGUCUCAGUAGAAUAAAAAAAAAAAAAGAUAUGACGCAAAAAAAAACGUCACGUUUGAACAUGAGGAGUGUGUGAACGUGUUGUUGUUUAGUCUAGUGAAAAGGUAGUGUAUAUAUUUUCUAUGUACAGAGAGGAAGUUUUUUUUAAUGUGACGUCACAUUUGAUGUUGGACAAACCUCUUGGACACAUUCGUUUUUUGGGACUUGGUCGACAAGUUUCGCGGAGACAGUGGCAGGGGCAUGAUGGGGAAAAAAAUAGAGCGAGUAUUAGCACAAAUGAACAAUUUCCUGAAAAAAAAAAAGCUAAGCUAAGCUAACUAUUUCGUUCUUCUUUUGGUCUUCGCAUCCUUCUACGCUAACGGGGUCUUGGCUGUAGUUUUUAUCUUAAUGAAAAGAUUAAAGAUUGGUAUAAAUUCUCAAUUUAACUAAAAACAAACAAAAAAAAGUUAAGAAUGUCAACACUUAAGUGACAAUUAGCAACAUUAGAUCGAAAGCACCAAAACUAAACAAAGUUAGCGACAGCGGCUAAACCUGACUACCUAGCUGGUCAUUUUGACAAGAUAUCAACCAAGACAGUUGUAAAUUGAAUUAUGAGGCCAUAUAUUGAACGCAUGUUAAAGUGUUAGCAUCAAGCUACUUACAGCACUAAGAAUCACAGUGAGAAAACAAAAAGGUUAGAGGAUUAUAUUAUGAAAUUUUUUAAAAAAUGACAGUGUUACUGGAAGACUAAUGUGGUUUUAUCAUAAAUAUUACCACAAUGUCAUAGUUGUGGGUGCCGUUACGGGGUCUCCAUCAUUUCCUGUUGUGCUCAUAGGGCUUUUAAAAUUAGCAACCGCCAAAUUUGCAUCAGAGAGAGACUAAUUAUUUUUGACCUACUACAUUCACGUGUGUGAUGUCUUAAUCAUGUCACGCUAACAGGGUGCUGCCACUGAAGCCAAUACAAAAAAAAAAUAAUAAAAAAAACCUGUUCUGGACUUCAAUCGUCACAACCCCCUCCCGAUGACUCGUCUCCUCCUGUAUCGCCUCCAAUAUCGACUCCUCCAAAGCCACCCACGGCUGAGCUGUGAUGUGUGGCUCAUUAUUUAUUUAUUUAUUUUUAUUUUUUUCAUUUUUUUUUUUUUUUUUUUUAGUUUGUUUAUCCCCGUAAUCCAAGCUGUUACAUUGGCAGGGGACAACAAAUGAGCCGAGAUAUCAGUCAUCGGCCCGAUCGACGGGAAAGGCUCCCGAAGGGGAUGGGGCUGCCGCUCGCUCAGCGGGGUGGCGAGUAAAACACUAAACGGUUGGAAAGCGUCUCUCUGCUGUCCACAGCUUUCCGUCCGUCAGUCCCAUGUCAGUGAUAAAGGAUCGAGCUUGGGGAAGUGAAAGAGUUAAGGAAGGGGUAUUUUAACAUAUUUGAGAGUUUUGGUCUCUUUUUUUUUUUGUCCCCUAUUCGUCUCCCUAUUUGUUGCAACUCAAAUAAUUUCUAAGAUUCAUCUAUGAAGCCUUUGCCAGAGAGAAGGAAAAAGGAGACCAACCCCAGACAUGCUUAAAGUAUCCCGUUAAGUUUCAACAGUGAGCGAGCUUACUUUUCUGUGGUGCUAGCUGAUUAACACACACACACACACACACACACAAAAAAAAAAAAAAGACAAAUCAGUUCAUUUGCUGCAAACAGGCAAAUAGAUCCAAUAGGUGCGACGGAAGCAGCUGCAUCUGUGUUCAUAUGGUGCGACCUUCAAGCUACCGAGUCAAUUGGCUGCUAAUCCCACUUCAUAUGGUGCAAAUAUGACACACACAUGUACUUAUGGUGCAAUAAGGGCAGAUUGUCUCUUUGAAUUCUAUGGUGCAACUUGAGUACUGCCUUCAGUUAUCGGCCAAGGCUGUGCCAAAGGCUCCGUCCAAACGGACAACUGCUCUUCCUGUCCUGCAGAAGCUAUGCAAGUCUCCGACGCGGGGAGAUGUGCUUAGUGUACACACAUUCACACUCACACACACAUACAAAUACACACACAGGGUUUUUCCUCCAGCAGCAGGGAGAUAUGCUUAGUACACACAAAGUAGUGGGAUGUAUCCCUACCUCUACCACUCCAGCACACGAACACACACCUACUCCUCACACACCAGUGUCCAAUAAUCCCUGACCCCUUUAUAAUUUGGGAACAAUAUUCAUAUGGUGCUAUUGAGUAAAGCCGUAUGGUUUUUGUAUAGUUGUGGUGACCGUGGAGAAUUUAGCCAAAUAUGUUUAGGAAGAUUGAAUAGUCUGCGUUUUUCUCAUGUGGAGAGUGUACAUAAAAACAGCAACAAUGCCUUAUACACUCGGAUGAGGUGCAUUUCUUUUCUUUUUUCUUUUUUUUUCUCAUAGGAGGUUGGUGCUACGUUUUUGGUACACUCUGCUCUGGACACGCAUUGUACAUUAAGCAUGGGUUCGGUGCACCGAAAAGGAGUCAGGAAAAGGAAAAAACACCGCACUGUGUUAGCACGUCGUCCUAAAAACUCAAUAUGUGCCAUGUAGAGACCGCAGUCAGGCAUUUUCCUCGUCAGUAUCGACAGAUCGUGCUCGUUAAUUCGUUUGCAUGAAUGUUCUAGAUUUGAGGGCACAGGUAAAUGGUCACUUAAAUGUCUGAAGACAGUGUUGUUGUUUGUUGUUAGAGGGCGAUGUAUUUAGAGCUCCAGAGCAGCUAGCUUUUUAUAGCUAGCCCCCCGUCCCCCACUCCCACCCCAGCGCUGACCUCUGAUCUUUUGACCCAAGCACCUAGAGCUCCAGCCAAUCAGAGAUCAGGUUUAACGCAGCCACAACCAAAUAACACAGCUAAUUAUUCAUUUAUAGUGUGCGUGUGCGGCGUUCAGACUCGACUUCCGCCUUUUAAUCACAGUGCAGGUGUCGUACCUCAACCUUGCAUCGACGGGAAGUCAAAAAUUCAUCUACUCUGGGUCUAAAGUUGAGUCUGCGUGCUGCAAAAUGGAAAGACUGCAGAGCCUUAGCCAGGCCCUCUCUGUAGGAAAUAAUAAUAAAAAAAAAAAUAGUAAUAAUAAUCCAGUCAGUGUUAUGUUAUGUUGUAUGGCUACACAUCCACAGCUAUGCAAGGUUACAGACAAGAAGGUUCUGGGCUUGGAUAACCUUUACAAAAAAAAAAUACCACAUCACUGUUCUCAUGUAUUGCUUGUUUGAAUAUUAUCUUUGCCUUUUUUUUUUGUUUGUUAUAAGAGGUGGUUAUAAAGUGUUAACACGCAGCAAUGCAAACCUAAGUUGUUCCUUAAAGUUUACAUUUUAAAAAUCUCUGUAUAAUGUAAGGAGUUCCUCUGUUAAGAUUGUCUUUUGAUGAAUUGGUCGGGAGGUGCCUUGGUGAUAACUGGGACGAAUGCCGCCUCCCGAACGAAGAAUGUGAUAAUUAAAUCCAUUUUUUUUCCUUUUUUUUUUAUCUCCUUUGGAUAAUCACACAAAUGUUCCACUAUCAGGGUUUGCAAAGCAUAUGAGGCCUGUGUUAAGGCUGUGUGUGUGUGUGUGAGACAUGUGACGUGUGUGAGCGAGCUAAUGUAUGCGUCACUAAUGCUUCAAAUGCUUUUUUUUUCUCUUUUUUUUAAGCCAAAGUUUUACUUGCCUGAUCCAGAGCUGUGAAAGUAUCAUAUUACUCAUCGUGGUUUUGGAGAACUCGAGGCCAGACGCUUUCUGAUCUCAGACCAGUUUCAACCAGAUCUGAGUCCAACCACGACUGAAAACGUUUUCAGUGGUUUUGACUCGGGUUUGGAUACUACAAGCACAGGGCAACUAAACCUUAACUUGGAUGUAUCUAUAAGACGUACCAUGAGCUUUUAUUUUGUCAGGGUCAUGCUUUUCUACCGUGUUCAAAAAAGAACAAAAAAUGAAGAAAAAGGUAGCUCUAGUGAGUUUUAAAAUGUGCAAAACUAGCUUUUAUUUUCUUGUGGUUGGCAUUUUGAUUGUAAAUACUUUUUUUAUUGUUAUUAUUUUGGCUCCUCGGUUUGAUCUAUGUUCCAUGGGUUUGCUUAGAUGGCUCUUUCAAGUGUACUGAUCGUAAAUGUUCUUUAUAAAUAUCCAGAAUGUAAGACGAGAGAAGACAAAUACAGCUCGACUGGAAACUGUGUUUUUUUCUGUAGGAAUCUGUGCCAUUGUGUCGUCUUGAGUAUAAGCACACUGAUAUUAGUAGGUCUGUAGGCGGGUGAAGUUUCCGGAGGUGAUUUGCCAGACAGUCGCAAAUCGGGCUUUGGUGCAGUUUUGGGAGGUUUUAAAAGUUGAAAUUUGGACAAAAUGAUACUUAAAAGCCUGCUAAAAACUAAAUAUUGUCCUAUUUUUAUCUGCAGAGGAAGCCGUGAUCCACAAGGAAUGGUUAUCAAAUCAAAAUAUAGUAUUAUUUUGUUAAUUUUACAGAAAUAUCACUUUAAAACUAAAAAAAUACAUUUUGCGAAAAGCAUCGUUCCUUUCGAAAUUUUUGACUUCAGUUAACAUAAAAGCUGAAAGCAGGCAGAGGAAAGACAAAAUAUAACCAAAAUAAAUCAAUAAAUAUACUCAGUUGGAUUGUCUAAAAACAAAAUAUCAUCUUCUUUACCAAUUAGCUUUUUAUGGGGUUCCCCAGGGUUCCGUACUCAGCCCCCUCUUUUUCUAAUUUAUGCGAUGCAAAGACACAAAUAAAAAGACUUAAGCCUAUUGCUGAGCAAAAAACGAAUAAAAUGAAAAGAAUUCUACACACAGUUAUACUUUAUUUAUGUUUUGGACUGUGAAUUAUGUUCAAGAUGUAAAGUACUAAGUAUUUAAUUUAAAUUUGCGUGAACAGGACAUGUUUUUUUUGUGGGGUUCCCCCAAGGUUCUGUACUCAGUCCCCCCUUUUUCUAAUUUGUGUGAUGCAUAGACACACAGAUAAAAAGACUUUAAUAGUUUAGUCAAAAUAUAGACUGGUGGGUUUUACUUAACAUAUCCAGGCUAGUUGUCUACCCUGCUUCCUUUGUCUUUAUGCCAACUUAAGCCAUCUGCUGAGCAAAAACAUAAAGGUAACUAUUUUCCAAAAUUUAAGAAAUAUUUGAUGUACUUCACCAAAACAGUUCCAAGCAGUAAUAGCUUAGCACAAUGACUGUCUGGCUAACAUCUCCUACCUUCACUGUAGAAAAAAUGGCUGCCGUCGUCAACCAUGUUCCAACCACUCCUGCUCAUAAACAAAAAACAUGUAUUCAGGAAUCUUCUGCUCUUUUUUUUUCCUUUUUUUCGUGGGAGAGGGUUCCCUAAUUCACACCAAAUAUCUCUGACCAACCACAAACAAGACAGGAGAUAAAUGAGAAGACACAUGAUGUAUCUCUGGUUUGUCUGUGUAUUCUGUGUUUAGUAAACUGGGGAAAAGUUGAAUGAUAUUUUCAAUGGCUCUAGCAGGCCAGCAUUAGGAAAUGUGUUAUUUUUGUUACAAUACCUCCUGAAAACAAAGUCUAUUUAUCUGUAAAGAGACAGAGAUUUACAAUAAUAAAAGAUGACUACAUAGAACUUAUGACAGAUUUUAAAUGAAAACAGAUAUAAAUGAAAAACAUGUACAGUUCAUUUGGUUUUGAAACACGAUACAGAAAUGUAUAUGCGUCAGUACUGAGUUUGAUUUUAUAUAUUUACCAUUUUAUUACAUUGUAAUGUUGUGACUGCGAUGGAGAAAAAAAAACAUAUAAAGGAAUAUAAAUUAAUUUUU